UUAUAUGAGAGAACCGAGAUAGCGAAUCGCGGUAGCAGCGCUCGCGUCAGACGUCAGAUGGUCAUACGUCAAAAUUGCUUGCUCGACAGUUCGACGCGACGAGGGGAAAGUCACCGAUCGUGGCUCCGAAGGGCGUUUUCGGUGCGUCCUCUAAAGAGGCGCGCGAGAGAGACGCGGUAAUCGCGCGUCAAGAUCGCGAUCUAUCGUGACGACGAAGAGAGAGAGAAAAAAAAAGAUCACGCUUCGACGACGACGUCAUCGUCGCGGCGUACGAGAUACCGAUUGACACAUCGAGAGAAACUCCGAUUGGGCCGUAAACUGGACUCCGCUUUGAUUCUCGCGGGAGAUCGAGGAGGUUUAAUCACUCGUCUAACGAAAGAUGUAGGCAUCCUCUCUUUCUCAUCUUCUAACGACCACGGUUUCUCUCGCCACCGUCGAGCUGACGCAACUUACGCAACAUAACCUUCUCGGCCGCAAAACAGUCAACGACAGAUUUCCGCUGCGUAGACGUCUGUAUUUCUGUCCGCCCGCAAAAUUUUCAGUGUUUGUAUUUGAGGGUAUGAAGAGCAACCUACACUGCAAUAACUGUGUUGAAAAAUUACCUGGUGCUAGUUAACUUGAUUUCCGCUAUGGAAAAUCAAGGUUACCAUCAUCAAACCCUUUCAACCCAUCAGUCUUUCUGGAAGAAGAAUACACGCGCUGUGCCAGGAAGGCCAAGCUUGAAGCAGGACAUUAGACACCAUAAGUUUAAUUCCACGGUGAUUGGAUCUAGCAAUCUGAUUAAUAUUGCUAAUAGUAGUGGUAGUACAGGCGGAAGUGGAGGCUCCACUUCUUUUCAAGAUUUUCAGGAGAGCGUGGACGACGCAUGGGAUUCGGGAGAUGAUGAAUUUUGCACAGUUUCGGAUGUGAAGAUAUCGAAGAAAGUUAGCCAGUCAGCAGCUCUUAGUGUUAUCAACAAUCACAGAUCUAGCAAUAAGUGUUCACAGUUGCUACAGGCAAAUGCGAAAGUAGUUCAACAGGAAAUUAUUCCUGAAGAGAAAAAAGCGGAGGCCCUUCAGAGAUUAGCUGUGCAGCCCUUACAUUUACGCAAUGCAAAUCUGCAUUUACAAGUGAAUAAUAGCCAGCAUCCCAGUGAGAACAUAGAUUUGAAGUAUAGCGUAUCACCUCGGCACAAACCAACACAAUUCCCCGGUAGACCACAACCAUUGAGGCAAACAAAUGCUCCCAACAAAUUUUUUAUACCUUCAAAGGAGCAAGAUGGUGAAAGUAAAGUGGACAAGUUUCAAUUACUUUUGGAUGCGUCCGUUCUGAAUUUGGACGAAUUGAGGCACUUGUCGUGGUCGGGCGUGCCUGCCAAAUUACGUUCCGUCACUUGGAGGUUGUUGUCUGAAUACUUGCCAGCUAAUAUGGAACGUAGGCAACACGUGUUGGAGCGCAAACGGCUAGACUAUUGGAAUCUGGUCAAACAGUAUUACGAUGUCGAACGGGACGAGGGCUUUCAAGAUACAUAUCGUCAGAUUCACAUCGAUAUCCCUAGAAUGUCACCGCUCAUCUCGCUAUUCCAGCAGACGACAGUGCAACUGAUAUUUGAAAGGAUAUUGUACAUUUGGGCAAUUAGGCACCCCGCAUCUGGUUAUGUUCAGGGUAUGAAUGAUCUCGUGACGCCCUUCUUCUUGGUCUUUUUGCAAGAAGCGGUACCAGUGCAGGCUUGGCAGGAUCUAGAAAAUUAUGACGUAGCGUCACUGUCGAAGGAACAGCGCGACAUUAUUGAGGCAGACAGCUUCUGGUGCUUGUCAAAAUUCUUGGACGGUAUACAGGACAAUUAUAUAUUUGCUCAAUUGGGAAUCCAGCACAAAGUAAAUCAGUUGAAGGAACUGAUACAGAGAAUCGAUGCACCGUUGCAUCAACAUUUACAUCAGCACGGGGUGGAUUAUCUACAGUUCUCCUUUCGGUGGAUGAACAAUUUACUGACCAGAGAAAUUCCGCUUCAUUGUACUAUUCGAUUAUGGGAUACUUAUCUGGCGGAGUCUGAUAGAUUCGCAUCGUUUCAGCUCUAUGUGUGCGCGGCCUUUCUUCUACUUUGGAGACGACAUUUACUCCUGCAACCUGAUUUUCAAGGGCUGAUGUUAAUGCUACAAAACCUGCCCACGCAAAACUGGACGGAUUCGGAGAUCGGCAUGCUGGUAGCCGAAGCAUACAAAUUAAAAUACGCAUUCGCCGACGCGCCAAAUCACCUACAAGCUCAUGAUACUACGGCUAGGUGACCAUUUUCAGUUAACGAAUUUGGGUUAAUGUUAUUAUGAAUAUAGUGGCCAAACUGUGAGGGGUCGGUAAUAUUGUGUUAACGUGCCGGCUCUCUUCUUCCGUCUCUAUCGUUGCUAUGUAUACUGUGACGUUCAAUCUAUCACGGCCAUAUUGAAAGUUUCCGGAGUGCGCGAAACAUUCUUAUGUUUUGUUUCCACAUUGACUAUUAAGUUUACUCGAUUUACUUUGUAUAAGGUUUAUUCCUUUGUUACGUUGGGAGAAUUUCGCGGAGAGGGAGAUGUUUAGAUAUAUUCUCCAUGUUCCGCUUCGGAAUAAGAUAUAAAUGCAACUUAAGACGCGUAUACAUGCGCGCACAAAGAGUGUAACGCGAAUCAAUUGCCAUUUCCCGGUUUGCAUUACAUUUUUAUAUAUAUAUAAAAGUCUCAGACACACAUUAUAUACAGAUAAUAUAUAUAGACAAGAAAGUUUUA